CCGAAAAGAGAGUAUCAAAUUCCAAACUUAGUCGGUAAGGAUCAAGACGAAAUGUCAACGUAAUGAAUAACACGCCAACACGGACAGCAACACGGUGGCACGUACACACACCGCAAAGUAUGACACUAACUACUGCUAAUAUUGCAUUAAAACACCAAUUUCAAAGUUGUGAAACUCAGAAGAGGAAUAUUGCUCGAAAGUCUUAGAUCUGUUUAAAAAUCGAAACAAGAGACAAUGGAUCUCCGUGAAUCAAUAACCCACCAAACCAACGUUUCCUUCACCAUCGCCAACCAUUUGUUCUCAAAACCAUCUCAUCAAGAUAAGAACAUCGUCUUAUCUCCACUUUCGCUCCAACUUGUUCUUAGCAUCAUAGCUGCCGGCUCUGAAGGUCCCACACAACAACAGCUUCUUGAAUUCCUCCAUUCCAAAUCCACCGAUCAUCUCAACUCCCUCGCCUCUCAGCUCGUUUCCGUCGUCCUCUCCGACGCUACUCCCGCCGGCGGACCUCUCCUCUCUUUCGUCGAUGGUGUAUGGAUUGAACAAACCCUAUCUCUUCAACCAUCCUUCAAAGAAAUCGUGUCUACUGAUUUCAAAGCCAAUUUGUCUUCCGUCGAUUUCCAGAACAAGGCUGUUGAAGUGACCGAUGAAGUGAAUUUAUGGGCUGAAAAAGAGACUAAUGGCCUCAUUAAAGAACUUCUUCCUAUAGGAUCAGUCAACAGCUCAACCAGGCUCAUCUUUGCUAAUGCUCUAUACUUUAAAGGAGCGUGGAGUGACAAGUUUGAUGCUUCGUUAACGAAAGAUAACGAUUUUCAUCUUUUGAGUGGUAGCGCAAUCAAGGUUCCUUUCAUGACCAGCAAGAAGAAGCAGUUUAUUAGAGAAUUCAAUGAUUUUAAAGUUCUUGGUCUUCCUUAUAAGCAAGGUGAAGAUAAGCGUCGAUUCUCCAUGUAUAUUUUUCUUCCGAAUGCAAAAGAUGGAUUGUCAGCUUUGGUUGAGAAAGUGGCUUCUGAAUCCGAGUUACUUGAUCACAAGCUCCCUUCUGAAAAAGUGCAAGUAGGUGACUUCAGGAUUCCAAGAUUCAAUAUUUCAUUUGGGCUUGAAACUUCUGAUGUACUCAAAGAGUUAGGAGUGGUUCUACCUUUCUCGACCGGAGGUUUGACAAAAAUGGUAGAUUCUCUUGUGGGUCAAAACCUUUGUGUUUCUAAUAUAUUUCACAAGUCUUUCAUUGAAGUAAAUGAAGAAGGCACAGAAGCAGCCGCGGCCACAGCAGCAACAAUACUAUUAAGGAGUAUGCGUGUUCCAACGACUGUAGACUUUGUAGCUGAUCGUCCUUUCUUAUUUGUGAUUAGAGAAGACUUGACUGGAACAAUUCUGUUUGUUGGUCGGGUGCUCAAUCCUCUUGUUGAAUGAUCUUAGCCACUCACCCUCGAUGUGUAUGUGCCAUGUAUUAAGGGAGAGAAGUAUGGAAGAAGAGUUUAUAUGAAUAUGUUUUACAACAUAUAGGUACUUCUGUUAAUGUUUGUUUGUAAGAGUAUAAAAAUAGGUUAUGACGUUUUGAAACCAAUCUCACUUUCAUUUAAGAGUUAUCUUAUCUCGUCUAA